AUGUCCACAGCCCAACACCUUCCUCAUGACAUUCUCUUUCAUAUUUUCACGAAUUACAGCACACCCGAUCAAUACAUGAAUGCAUUGAUGCUUGUUUGUAAGCAUUGGAAUGAACUCACACAUUAUGAAAUGUUUUGGGUGGCUACUCUCAAACAAUCGCUCCGAUCUCAAAUUCAAUAUUCAUCAAAUGUUGAAAUUCAUGAAAUGGAGAAUCUAUGGAACGACACGUCGUCGACAAGUCCUGGAAUGAUUACAAUGAAAGAUAUUCAGAAAGAACGAGAACGUUUUAUUAAAUCCAUGGAAACAAGAGAGAAUAUUCUCAUCAUCAAUUUGCUGCCGUUUACAAAAAGAAAAGAAACCAAUGAUGACAUAUUUGGCAAUGUGUACAAGCAACGUACCGUUCAAUUUUUGCAAGAAAGAUCUAAAAGAAGAGUUGCAUUGGAGUUGUUGAAAAUGAUCAUUUCCGUUCAAAAGCUCUCUCCUUUCAUCAAUCCAGAAGAGAUUUUUGAUGCACAUUUUGAAAAGGUUUGGGAAAAGGAUGUGAUACAGUUUAUUGAAAAUCAUCCAAUCUAUGACAGAGAUCAAAUAUGUAGCAUUUCAAUAUUGAAUCCAUCUGAGACUGUGUGUCAUCUUUUCGUGAAGAGUUGUCGAUUGUAUUUGAGAUCUUGGAACUUUUUAGAAAAAGAGUGA